ACAGCUGUCAGAUUAGUUUAAUUUGAUGGAACUUUGUAUUGGAGAAAAUAUUUUUUAAACACACCAUUUGUGAUCAAGAAAACCAAAGUCAUCAGCUUGCAGUGAAUCAUUUACUGUCUAAGCCAUUCCCCUAUAAGCACAAUUCCCCAACCGUGAUUGGCUGUGGUUAUUAAGGGAGUCCCCCAAGGAUCCAUUUUGGGCCCUGUGUUGCUCAUCAUUUUAUGUCAACUCAAUUCUACUGUCAUUAAUGUAGGAGCCCUGUAACAUGGCACAGUCGGCUCUGGUUAGAAAAUCUACUGUACUUUGACACACAUAGUCAUUAUUGGUCCAAAUUUAAAUCUACAAACAAUGCUACCAAAGUGCAGUACAACAAACUAUUGGGAGACAAAACCUUGAUAUUGGAUGUUUCUGCCAACAUUUUCAAAAAUGUAUUGUUUAUUUAUCUCUACAGUAAGGAAUAAGUAACCAAGCAACUACAUUUUGACUAUGAUGUGGUUACGGUUAAGAGCAAGAAUAUGGUUAUGGCAAGUGGUUAAAGUUAGGCAACUAACAAAAAUUGGUAGCGAAAGUAUGUGGUUAUGGUUAUAGAAAGACAACAAGAAACAAAUCUGUCUGUGUGUGACUGGGUCUGACUACUCAACACACUAUAGGCUACCUUCAGGGACACAUUGAACAGACUGAACAGACCCAUUGAGGACAAAAGCUCUAUCUGUGAUUUCGGGGGUCAGUGGUUUAGGUGGUUUAGGUUUAGGGGUUAAGGGAAGUAUCUGUGAGUGUUCGGGCCCUGAAGAAGCUCACUUUAAAUUUUAUUUGUAUUGUCUGUCUUUAUAUUCGGGUGGUGCAUAUUGAUUUAUUCAGUGAUUUUUCCUAAAUAAUGAAUUCUAGAUUUUAAAGAAGUCGUUAUAGACACAAAGUUUACCAUUUUGCUCUCAGGUUCAUUACAGUACACUCACCUCUGCAUUAAUUAUGACAUUUAUUUAUUUAUUUACAAAGCUAUUGCCGGAAAAUCUUACUUUGUCACACCUUUGCAAAAAAGUUGGCGAACAAUAGCAAGCAAAAUACAAACAAUUUUCACCUAAGUAUUCUGUAUGUAUGAUCACAGCAGAAGGCGUCAACAACAGAUGGCACACAAACAAGACAGAGGUGAAGAUAAAGCCAAGAAUGACAGAGCAAUGGGGAAAAGUUCAGCAGAAUUAGUUUCAUCAGGUUGAUAAUCAUCCAGCAUAACCACUGUCACUGUUCCAACAAAACCACAGAGCAAAACAUGUGCAACAGUUAACAAAAACAAUUCAGUGCUUCAGAAAACGUCAACUUCAGGUUUAGGACAUUGAGAAUCAGUGAUCAGCACUGACACUGAAAUCUGUCAUUUUACAGACCAAACAAUUAAUCAAACAAAUAAUCAGCAGAUGAAUCAAUACUGAAAGUAAGUUGCAUUACUUAAGAAAAUUACAGUGAAUCCUCUGUUCUAAGAUCACACACCCACACACACUUUUAUACCCUGAUCUCUUUGAUUCUGGGCAAAUGAAUGCAGUAAACUCCGAUAUACAGUUCAAGGCAAUCAAGUGUAACAGACUAAAGGGUGUUAUUAGAUGUUUACUUGCCUCUUGACCUCUUCAUAUGAUUUUAUAUUUUUUUCAUUUUAUUUGACUGAAAAAUGUCCCUUGCUGAUAGCCUAGCUACUUGUAUUGUAAUGAACACUGUAUUUCACACAUAUAAUUGCCAUCUGCCCGUUUUGAAGGGAUGGUUUGGAAGUAUCAGAGAACUUAACACAAUUUAUCUAAACAUCUUAAACAUGGCCAUUUCAGAUGUGUAGGUAUAUUAUGAUUAUUUCAUUAUCUGUGUGCUGUCCAGAAAAUUGUUUCUGUUUUUAUUUGAAAAAUGUUCUUUUGAUUUAAAAUCACCUUCCACUCAAAAUUUUGCUUUGCUAAUUGUUACAUCACUUACAACCUUCACUGUGCAGAAUGAUGUAUGUGCAGAGAUUGAUACUGGAAUGGUUUUAUUUUCAUCUGCUGAAGAGGUGAAGUUUCUCUGUGCUCUGAGUUUAAUAUGUGUUCACCACUAGCCACGGAAGUCAGUUGUGGUCCAACAUUCAUGCAAGAUGUGAAAAUAUGAAGCCUCCAAGCGAGCUCACACAUGGACUUUAUUGUGAAGUAGACAUCUUGACUUGUGUCCAACUCCAAAUUAACAAUAUAACAAUAAUACAUAUUCAUAGAUUAGUAUUUGUCAACAAAGGAGAAAGAGUAGAUGCAAUGUUAAGUAACUGACUUAUUUUUUUGUAAAAAAAAAAAAAAAAGACAUAUCACACACAUUAUCAUUCAAAUAGAGUAUUUUUUAUCUCUUUCAAAAUGUCUGUGGGGGUCUUUAAAGUCUUUAACUUUUGAAUUAAAGUCGCCAUCUUUAGUUACCAACUCUAGCCAGUGAUGGAGAGAAAGAAAAAGACAGAAGACAUAAAAAAGAGAAACAAAGAGGGUGGAGAAAAAGAGACAUAGCCACAUAAUUAAUAACGUAGUAGAAAUCCCACUAAGGCUUUUUUUUUGUAGCUCAAAGGUCUGUUAAGUCCUUCUCAGCAUUAAUUGCCACGGAUAAAAUAUUAUCUAAUAUAUUAGUCUGACUUGUACAAAUAAGAAUUUGAUUAUUCCAUGAAUAAAUCGAUUAGUAGGCCUAAAAGUCAGAAAAUUGUGUAGUGAGGAUUUUCAGCCUCUAGAGGACAGUGUAAAACAGGAUAAAGAGGUGAUAGUUCAGGAAGUUCAAUGGGCUUAUCUCAGGCACCCUACAUAUCAAACCUAAAUAUGAAAAAUAAGUAAAAAAAGAGCAUCAAUUCAACUUUUUUUUUAAUUCUACCAUUGCCUGUUUUAUUUUAAACAAAAAUUGUGUAUAAGAUAAAAUGAUUUAGAACCUGUUGUUGUCUAGAUAGAUAUCUAAUAAUGCACUUAUAUGGUUUAUGAUACAGGUGAACAAUGAAGACCACGGAUUUAUUAUGGAGUGAGGGACUUGCUGAGGCAACCACAUGACAAGUAUCAAAGAGAGGAAAACAUCACACAGACUGUUGUCAUAACAACAUAUUGCAAUGAACACAAAGUACCAUCUGGUAUGAGAUUUUUAAGACACAUCGAGAGGACAAGCCGAUAGAUAAUUAUUUCCCGGGAAUAAGAAUCAGACUGAAUGCGCGGCUUCGAAAAAACCAACAGUGUAGAGCAGUCAACAAUCAGACCGCACAAAGCAGGAAACGCUGUAAGUCGUGGGAAAGUAUGAUUUACUCUCUGUUUUACAAGAUCCACUGGAAAGUACCAGUUAGGAGAGAAGAGGAAGAAGUUUUGAUCGCACUGUGUUCUUUGAGCCAAAUGUCCUAAUUCAUAGUUGUUAGCAGCUCACACACUCAUUAAUCACACACAUUAAUCUGUAUUCAGUCCAGGUCCAGCCUGACCUUGAGCUUUUCACCUGAGGUAUGCGCUUUGCAUCCAUUAAGUCGACGUGGUGUAAAACCAUCUCACAGCAUCAGCGUGAAGUGUCUAUUACCACCGUCUUAUUUCCUGUUUAUAUGGCAACUGCCUCAACAUCCUGUUUUUAAUUACUUCUCUCCAGCAGCAGAUGCUUCUCACAGCAACCUGCUGUGGAUUACUCCCCUGAGAACUAAUGUGCUGUGACAGACCCCACUUUUCCAAUCAAUAACUCGCCCUAAAUCUGCCAUCUCUCUGCCUGCCAAACACACUCCCACUUCUAAUGGCACAUCAUUUUCUUUAAGGGGGUGUAAUUGCAGACUGUGGAAAGCUGUAGCCCUUUGUGUUCCAACUACGUAGAUACUGUAAAGGAAUCUAAAGUACAAACUUAGCACACGGCCGACACAGGAAGUGAUGGGGGCUUUACACCACGCUCAGUCUCGCCACCAUUUCCAUCACAUUACCCUUUGAGAAAGCAUUCACUUCCCUGUUUUGGCUGAGUGCUCAGAUAAAUCGCUGUGCUGCUUCAUAAACCUGUUGGCGCAAGCUUGUCAAGAUGUUUGUGUGAUUUCUGUGUUUCAGAAUGAAUCUGAGCCUAAACCUCUCCAACAUGUCUGUCGAGUCACAGCUGGAGCAGGGGCCGGUGGAGUACCGCAUCUUAGGCCUGAUCUUCUACAGCUUCGUCUUCAUCAUAGGAGUCAUAGUCAAUGUCACUGCUUUGUGGGUGUUUGCCCUCACCACCAAGAAGAGGAACUCUGUCACCGUCUACAUGAUAAACGUGGCGAUGGUGGACCUCACCUUCAUCCUGCUGCUCCCCUUCAGAAUGGUUUACCACCACCAGGACUACUGGCCCUUUGGAGAUAUCUUCUGCAGAAUCAGCGCAGCUCUCACAAUCUUCUACCCCUGCAUGGCUCUGUGGCUGUUUGCUCUGAUCAGUGCUGACCGCUACAUGGCCAUCGUCCAGCCGAAGCACGGCAAAGAGCUGAGGAAUGUCCCAAAGGCUGUGGUGGCGAGUCUUGGGGUGUGGCUUAUGACUCUGGGCUCCACUGUGCCCCUUCUCUUCUCUGAGGAGGACCCCGAUCGCAUCUCUAACUACACCACCUGCAUCAAGAUGCAAGACAUCAUCUACAUGCGCCACGACAACCCCGUCAACUUUGUGCGACUCAUCUUCUACUUCCUGGUUCCCAUUUGUAUAAUGAUUGGCUGCUAUAUUGUCAUUGUGGAUAAUCUGAUCCACGGACGCACCUCCAAACUCAAGCCAAAAGUGAAGCAGAAGUCCAUCCGGAUUAUCAUCACACUGAUCAUCCAAGUGUUGGUGUGUUUUGUGCCUUUCCACGUGUGUCUGGUGCUCCGUUUGCUGGGGGAUGGCAAAGAUGGGGGGUUUAGCACAUGGGCAGUCUUCACCACAUUCCUGAUGAACCUGAGCACCGUGUUAGAUAUCAUACUGUACUACAUUGUCUCCAAGCAGUUCCAGGACAGGGUGAUCAGCGUGAUUCUGUACAGGAACUAUCUGCGAAGUGUGAGACGGAAGAGCAGGCACACACACACAGGCAGCGUCCGAUCAAUGAGCAACCUGACUAGCGCGAUGAUAUGAAGCAACCAUCAAACUUUUAUGUCAAACAGCACGCUGUUAUAUACUGUGCAUGCUUUGGCACAAUGUAACACUGAAUGCAUCACUGUGUAUAUGGUUCAUUAUCAAAAGGAUCAAAACUUGCAAUUAAUUUCCAAGGUGUAAUUUACACUCACAGUAUGGGAGUACUGCUGUUGUGGCAAAAACAUCUGUGUUCAGAGCUGAUUGACUCACCCAUGAGACUUGAGAUGUUUUCUGUGCAUCUUUGCUCUGGCAGGCAACGCACGGGUAUCUGUGGCUCAAGUGUAAUACAUGCAGACGUAAAUGAAGCUCACAGUCAUUAAAAACAUAGCCCACAGUAUCUUAGUGUUUGCUGUAUUAUUAUGAAUAAACACUGAAACUCUUCUCGGCCUUGUCACUACGUCAACCGGCAUCUAUAAAAGGCCUGACUGUCUCAGCGGGGGGAAACCUACAGGAAACAGUGGUGGGUUCUUAAAGGUUUCUGCUUUUGUUUGGUCGCUGCAGCAUAUUUGCAACUUCAACUCUGUAGCACCUCCGUUCCGCAUCAUGGCUUAAAUAUAACCAUCAGUGCUGCAUGAUGUCAUGCACACAAGGUGCAAAUAAACUACGUUUGUUUGACUGGUUCACUUCACAAUUUUAUAUUUAUUGAGUUUAAGCCCAAACACUUGAUACAGCACAUAGUUAUAACACAAGCAUCUUGAAUGGUGCUGUAAAUGUAUCGACCAGGUGAGGGCAGCAUGGCACAGCUAGAUCCCAUCUACCUGCCAGAGCAAGACAAACAGUGCUUUCUUUACUUCUAAAAUAAAUAGUGCAAGGUUUUUGAUUCUUCGAGUUGUUUAUACUAUUUUGCAUCUGCAUUUUAUCACAUUUCAGCUGGCUUUAUAAAAUCAAACAUUUGAGCUUUUAUUCUGUGAAAUAACCAUUCCACCUCACCACAGAGAAGUUGUUAACUACCAGUCGUAACAGCUUCCUCAAACACGAAUCAGACUAAAGUGUAUUCAUGGUGCAAUGCGAAUCGUAUUGAUUAGAUGUUAAAUGAUUCAGUCACUUAAAGUGCAUUUACAGUAACAUCCUGAAGAGAUGUCAGGGAGGCUAUUUACUAGAUUUAAAGCAACCUUAACCUUAAAAGAGAAAAACCUUUUCUGUACAGGGAUACAUUAAUGUCAGGUCUCUGCUGUGAGUAUAAGCACCACGAUGCAAGACCCUGCAAUUUAUCCACAACGUAUUCCUCAAAUGACAGACAAAUGAAGUGAUGAGAUAGGAGGUAGUGAAUGUGUGACAGUUCUAUCUCUAUGAAUAGACUGUUUAAUUUAAAUGAAGGAAAAAAAACUCCGAUUUGAAUUUGACGGUUUUGAUAGGUGUCCUGCACAAAUAUCAACCGAGCUAAGAAUUGAUCUGGUGUUGCCAUUUGCUAAAAUAAUCAAGUUAGCGUGUCUGUCACACCUACACAGUCUUAACCGGAUUAGACAGUGAGUUAGUGUAGCUGAGUAACUAUGUAGUGUCUCAUGCAAUUAGACAGUCAAGACACCCUGUGGUGUAACCAGAUGUACCACAGCAAUUCUGAGAAUGGUUAUUGUAUGGAUGAUCAAUUGCAAAGAAAACUAAAUAAACUGUUAUAUACUGUGCAAUAUUCUCGUUGUAUUAAUGUUCUCACAUCUUCACAAGCAAGCUCAGUUACAUGAGCUGAGGGAGUGUGGUAAAAGGAUAAACUGCACUGGGAGUCCAUAUGGUUCUUAGUUGGUUUGUACAGUGUUCAUAGGUCAAGAACUGGACAGACUGUAGGACAUAGAUGGGCAAGAUUUACACGGUUUUAAUAAGAGGAGGCAGGCUACAAGAUUUCCAUCUUACAUGGAAUUCUGGGAACUGCAGUUCAUCACAUGAUGAUAGGUUUAUUGGCCGGUGGACUACAUGUGGAUUUAUAACCAAGAAGUCAAAGGUCAAAUGAAACAUCAGAGAGUCGUCUAUCUGUCCCACCUGUUAGACAUCAAAGAAAAACCAGCCACGC